UCUGAGUUAACAUUGUUUUUGUCGCUGUCAUCCUCACUUGUAAAGGGCUCGUAAUUUUCAUAAAAUUAGCAAAAUGUCGCAGGAAAUAAACUUUUGGGAUUUGCCGUUUGAUGUGCUUUGCUUUAUAUUUGACCUGAUGGACUAUUUGCGCGAUGAAUUGCGUUUUGCAAGCGUUCAUAGCAAACUUGGUGAAGUGUUUGCCUAUAAGAAUCGACAUCUCCUUGAGCGCCUUAACCUGGAUCAGUAUAAACUUCGAGAUGCUCUCUUAAUGGUAAAAGUGGCCGGUAGUUCAGCAAUCAAUUCCAUUUACUGCACCAGAAAAUCGACAACGAUGCUUAAGUACGCUAAAAAAUAUUGCCAACAUCUUAAAAUUUUGCAUUUCCAUAUAAAUGUACAUGAUGACAUUUCUAUGAUGGCAAAAUGUGUAAGCCAAAUACCAACACUUACUAGACUAGAAAUAAGAUGUAACAUCAAGGCUACUCCAAAUGGUACAUUGGUUGAUUCUCUCAAGGAAUUACCAAACUUGACCGAUUUAAAAUUAGCCAAUUUUUCGGAUGAAGAAGUUGUUCAUAUCAAGGAGCUUAAUGGACUUGAAAAACUCUAUUUGAGUAAUAUUCAAUUUAAUAAAUUAGGUAUGCAACAGUGCUUGCAGGAAGCUUUUUCCACUCCUAAAAAGCUAAAAUCUUUGAAACUAAUUGAUGGCCACCUUAUAAACGCCGAUUUUAAGGAAAUAGCUCUCAUCGAGGCUUCUCGCCUGCCUCCAAACCCAAGCUUUGAGCUUCGACGUUUAGGACCGGCAAUGGGCCAAUUGACGGAACUGAAACAAUUAUAUCUAUAUGAUAUAUUUAUCAACACCAAAAAUCUUUUGCAAGUGAUGCGGGGAUGCAAGGUUCUUACAUGCCUGAAGCUAUAUCGAACAUAUCAAAUUAACCAUGAAUUCGUCGUUGAGUUGUUAAAAAUUUUAAAUUUUCAUCAAUUUGUUAAUGCUCAAAAUCAGUUUUUUUCUACAUGCAGAAAAUACUGGAAUAACAGAAGACAUUUUUAUGGAGGUUGGUAUCAUAUGAUAACAAUUUGA